GUUUAGAAAUAUUUUUGGUGGGAGAUCUGAUGUUCGCGCUAAUUAACCUUUUUGACUCACAAGAUCAUGAUGGCCCUUGAUAAUCGAGGGAAAGAAGCGCUAGGAAGCUGAAAUAUGGGCUGAGUUUAUCAUCAUUCACUUUACUGUGACGAAUUGACAACCUAAAUCUUUUAGAUUUAGUGAAAAGCUGUUAAAUCCACCACAACCUAGGCAAGAGUGAAGAGCUUCAUCGGAAGCACUGGAGUAUUGGUAUAAAAUGGGACGCUAUGCAGAAGGGCCUUGAAGCAUCCCUUGGAUGCGUCCAAGCUAAAAGCUUUUUGUAUGGCCCUACUUUUCCGAGGAGUUUCAGUGGACAGACUAUGGAGUUCAAUUAUACUUAUGGUGGAAAGCAAGCAAAUGCUGUCUCCGAUUAUGGAGCCUUGAGUCAUAAUAAAUUAACAGUCCCGAGUGAUAGAUGUGGUAGACCAGUGAGACAGGAAGAUCAUUAUGUUUGGCCAGCAAUGUCACCUACUAUUCUGAAGGAUGUGCAUGGCCAGUCCCAUCCAUUUGAUGGCUGCUUUUACCCAGCAAAUUAUGCGCACUACUUCCAAGCUCACUGGUUUCCCCAGAUCCCUUUUCAGAUGUUUCCACAGAGCUACUCACCUGAUUAUAUGCUCCAAGAUUUUGAGUAUUUUGUGGUCAUCGAUUUUGAGGCUACUUGUGAUAAAGAAAGAAACCCUCAUCCGCAGGAAAUAAUUGAGUUCCCAUCUGUGCUGGUGAACAGUAGAACUGGACAACUGGAGGACUGUUUUCAGAUUUAUGUGCGUCCUACUCAUAAUCAGCUUCUAUCUAACUUCUGUAAAGAUCUUACUGGCAUUCACCAGUCUCAGGUGGACAAAGGUGUUACUUUGAGUGAAGCAUUGCUCAUGCAUGACAAAUGGCUUGAAGACAAGGGCAUCAAGAACACAAACUUUGCUGUAGUUACUUGGUCCAGCUGGGAUUGUCGAGUGAUGUUGGAAUCAGAGUGCCGAUUCAAGAAGAUAGAAAAGCCACUAUAUUUUAAUCGGUGGAUUAAUUUGAAAAUCCCCUUUAACAGUAUGUUUGGAUCUGCUAAACGUAACUUGAAAGAAGCUGUGGAGCUUGCUGGGCUCACUUGGGAAGGUCGUGCCCAUUGUGGACUGGAUGAUGCUAAAAACACUGCUCGCCUGCUGGCUCACCUUAUGCAUCUGGGACUGAAAUUAUCGAUAACAAAUUAUAUUUGGUGGCAAGUUGCUGAUGAAUCUAAUGCUGUUCCCCAGUACCAGCAGAUCCCUGCUUCUGAAAGCUAUCUAACUUAUCAAGCCCAAAUGUACAAUACUUCCCCUUGGUUUACUGUCUUUCCUUUUCAACCGAUCCAAGCCGGCAAUCCUUGGAAAGAGCCUUAUGUUUACUGCUAUUGCGGGGCAACAAGUAUGAAGCGGAUGAACAAUAACCCUGGACCUAAUCAUGGUUGUUUCUUCUUCGGUUGUGGCAACUGGACUGCUAACAAGGGACCUGCUUGUCAGUUUUUCAAGUGGGUUUCUGCUUCUGAUUCUGCUAAGCCUGCCUAAAGUCAAUGUGCCCUGGGGAUAAACUGAAAUCAUGUUCAGCUUGCUGGUACGAGGAGAAAGUUUAGUGUCAUCAUCUCAUGUGUGAAUUCAUGGGUCCUGACUGUAAUGAAUUUGAUACCGUAGCCUCUGCUUGUUAGAUUAUGUUAAACGCCUUCGUUAGUAAAGGGACAAUGGGCUUAUACAGGACAAUGUGCAGAGAUAAUGCAAAUUAACAUGAAUUUCAGUUUUAUUCUAAAUAAUUUGAUAUAUGAGAUAGCAUCUAUUUAUGUGCA